CGCCAUGUUGGAGGGCUGGUGGUAGCGGCUCGGGAGGUGGUCAUUCUCUUGGUCUCGCUCUCUCACUCGCUUCCCCCGGCUCCCUUCGGUUCCCCCUCCCCCCGGUCGCUGGCUGGCCGGAGUGUGUACGAGGGAGGGGGAGGGUGUCAAGGGGUGAGAGAAGGCAUUCCUGUCCCCGGAGACCCGCGGAGGGAGGCGGAGGCUGCGAGGGACUCCGGAAAGCCAUGGACGUCGAGAGGCUGCAGGAGGCGCUGAAAGAUUUUGAGAAAAGGGGGAAAAAGGAAGUUUGUCCGGUCCUGGAUCAGUUUCUUUGUCAUGUAGCCAAGACUGGAGAAACAAUGAUUCAGUGGUCCCAAUUUAAAGGCUAUUUUACUUUCAAACUGGAGAAAGUGAUGGAUGAUUUCAGAACUGCAGCUCCUGAACCAAGAGGUCCACCUAACCCUAAUGUCGAAUAUAUUCCCUUUGAUGAAAUGAAGGAAAGAAUACUGAAAAUUGUCACUGGAUUUAAUGGUAUCCCUUUUACUAUUCAGCGACUAUGUGAAUUGCUAACAGAUCCAAGGAGAAAUUAUACAGGAACAGACAAAUUUCUCAGAGGAGUAGAGAAGAAUGUGAUGGUUGUUAGCUGUGUGUAUCCUUCUUCAGAAAAAAACAAUUCCAAUAGUUUAAAUCGAAUGAAUGGUGUUAUGUUUCCUGGAAAUUCAUCAAGUUAUACUGAAAGGUCUAAUGUAAAUGGGCCGGGAACACCCAGGCCGCUUAAUCGACCAAAGGUUUCUUUGUCAGUUCCCAUGACAGCAAAUGGCUUGCCUGAGGGCACAGAUGGCAAAGAGUCAAACUUACAGCAAAAUGAGGACAAAAAUCACAGUGAGACUCUAACAUCUGGAUCAGAAGGUUCCUCAGUGAGCCCUGUAAAAAACAAACAUCCAGAUGAAUAUGCUGUGGAAGCUGAAGGGCAUGAGGUAAAAAGACUUCGAUUUGACAAAGAAAGUGAAGUCAGAGAGACAGCCAGCCAGACAUCUUCCAGUGAAAUUUCUUCGCUUAUGGUAGAAGAAGCAGAAGCAUCAUCUUCAUCUCAGGAUAAAGACAAGGAAAGUAGUUGUACCAGGCGACACUGUAUGGAAGAGGAUGAAGAAGAGGAUGAAGAGAAAGAAGAAGAGUCUUUUAUGACAUCAAGAGAAAUGAUCCCAGAAAGAAAAAACCAAGGAAAAGAAUCUUAUGAUGCCUUAACUGUGAAUGAAGAGACUUCUGAGGAAAAUAAUCAAAUGGAGGAAUCAGAUCUGACUCAACCUGAGAAAGAUUUACAUUCUGAAGAUAGUGAAAAUAUAGGCCCUGAAAGUAGUGGUUCUGAUUGCCAUGAAACAGAAGAAUUAGUAGGAUCCAGUUCCAGUAAAACUGAAGAAAUUCUCUCAGAAUCAUCCAUGGAAAAUGAUGACAAAGCCACAGAAAUCAUAGAAGAACCAAUGGAACAAGACUAACUGUUUAGAAACAUUUAGAUACAGUAUUUUACAUACAGUUCUGGUUUUACACUGUAUAGAACUUUUAUGUAAUAAAGUGGACCUUUAGUUUUACAAGAGAAGCAGGUUGUAAAAUAAAGUAUUUUGUGGAAUAAACCCAGAAAGAGUUGUACAUAUAAGAAAUGUGACUAUCAGCUCCUUGGGUCCUGCUUACCGCUGACUUUUUUUGGUUUGGUCAAAUCAGUGGUUUAUGUAUAGAUUUUUUUUUUAAUUUAGAACUAAAGUUUUUAAACUGGAAAGUAAUUAUUAUUUUGAAAACCUUUUGGAGAUUAUUUAGUUUAUACAUACACAAGAAAGCUUUUUGUCUUGUCUCUUUCUGACAGCUCUAGCAGUUUUCAUAUUUUGGUCAUAGUUGCAACAUUUUAACGUGAAUUAUAGGGUUUCAUGUUUAUUUCCAGAUUUUAUUGUUUGAUUGUGUACAAUGGAACUUUAAGUCAUAUAUACAUACAUAUAUAUACACACACACACAUAUAUAUUCUAAAGGGGGAAAAUGUUAUAUUUUUGUUUCUAUAAGAGAUGAAUAAAUACAGUGGAUACUUUUUCUAUUGGUAAUAAUUGAGUUCACUUUCAGAAGAUAGUUUCUUUCUCUUCUGUGUAAUUCAAAUAUAAUCUGGCCCUUCAGCAACCCUGGAAAUCUUAAGUAUGUUUAAAUACCCAAGUAAACACAUUCCAAGAGAUCUGUUCAAACAAAUUAAAAAUGUUUUGUAUAUUUCUGAGGUGCCUGAGAAAAGAUUUCAUUAUUUAUGAGAACAUGUGCUUUAUCUUGGAAAUUGUGUUCAAACAUUAGCAUACUAUUUUGUAGAAUGAAUACUUACAAAACUGACAGGAAAACAUCUCAGAAGAACCGGGCAGGUUCCUUAAACUUUGGCUUGUUUUUUUUGAACAUUGUGAAUAUUACACGUUCUUUUAAAUUAUCCUGCAGUAUGCAAAUGUUAGUGAUAUGAAACACCACUGUACUGGAAGAACUAAUAUAUUACUUUAGUAAUGUACUGGAGCUAAAUGAUAAAUGACUAAAGCUUUAGGGGUACAUAGAAACCACCAUAAUUUGUAUGACAUUUUGAAGUGAAUUAAAUAUUUUUAAACAUGCUUCUUCAACAGCCAGUGUUAUAGUUUUCAGACCGACACAAAGCACAAUGGUUACUUUAAACUCAAUAUUUUCAAGUUCACAUGUAUAGUGUCAUGCAAGUUGCAAUUUCUCUGGCACAAUUACUGGCUGCCAAAUUUAUACCUGUUUCUUCAGCUGUACCUUUUGAUAUUUAGAGUUUUUAAAUUCUGUAAAGUAGAUUUUGUAGAAUGUAAUGUGUUCACUGCCUUUGUGAUGCGGUGUUUAACUAUAAUUUCUGUGUGUAAACUGAAUGCUUGAGCUUUCAAUACAGUAUUCAUAUAAAGCAAUAAAUACUAAUGCUAUGAAAUAUUUGAGUACAUUUUUAUCAGAAUAUAAAAUAAUUCCUUUUUUAGUUUCAAAUACCUUACGUACACAGAUGAACUUAUAAAACUGAUACAAACGAUUUCUAAUACUGUAUCGUAUGCUUUUGGGUGAUUUGGGUGGCAACCACAAUUUUGCAUUUUGACUACUUAAAUUGCUAUGACUAAAAAUACCAAAAUGAUUUGGCUCCAUUUAUGUUUAUAGAGUAAUAUACUACUGACUGACUUGACUGUCAUGUUCACAGCAGCUAGGUGAUGAUGUAUUUAUGAAUGUGUCUAAUAGUUACAAUAAAAACUAUUCAUUUACUGUAAUCGAAGGGAGAAGUAGCUCUCACAAAUUUUUUUUUUUAAAGUUUU